CAAGAUCACCACACACACUUAUUCUGAGUAAUCACAAACACAACUAAGAAGCCAAUCCAAACGAAUCUGCGGUGAUCCAAAGAACCUCCACUCCCCACCAUCACAUGUCACGUCGCCCCCACGCAGCGCCGCCGCCUCCGCCGCCGCGGUCACUCCACAAGCAACAGUCGUGGUCGCCGGACAUGCUCCGCGACGAGGCGUGGCAGCGGCGGAAGGACAACAACCACCCCGUGAACCGCCGCCAGCACCGGCUGAGCAAGAGCCUCUCGGAGGACGACUUGGACGAACUGAAGGCGUGCUUCGAGCUCGGGUUCGGGUUCGAUUCGCCCGAAAUCGACCCGAAACUGUCGAACACAAUCCCCGCUUUGGAGUUGUACCAUGCCGUUAACAAACAGUACAACCACCACAGCUUGUCUAGGUCAUCUUCUUCGUCUUCCCUUGUCUCCGACAGCGACACUACUAGCCCCACCACUAUUUUCAAUCCAGGGGAUGAUUUGGCUGCGAAGAAGACUCGUUUGAAGCAAUGGGCACAGGUGGUUGCUUGUUCGGUGUGGGAAUCUUCUUCAUCUUCGUGUUCAAACCCUUCCGACCAAGUUAAUUAACAGUUUUUGAAUACCUCGGACAUGUACCUGAAGCCCGCAGGAACAAGACCAGUGUGAAUUAAAUUGGACUCUAAUUUGUUCAUAGAUGAUAGUCUUUGGUGGUUUCUUCUGAGUUUUUUUUUUUUCUUAAGAUUUAUUAUUUAUAUAUUUCGAAAUGUGUUGUUUACCAAUGCAAUAUAUAUGUAGCUGUGUACAUUUCCGGACUCAAACAUCGGUUGUGUUAAUUUGAGUUCUUUUGCAAGUGGCUAGAUGUCCGAGGGGGCUGAAUUUAGGUUGAUUGACUGGUUGGUGAUUCUUUUCAAUACAAUUAACGUUGAUGUUUUUUAUUGUUCAUGUAA